AUGCAGAUUGGUGUACGUAUUUGCCAGAAGAUGGAAAAGGAUGCCUCGGACGUUGUCAAACAAGAGCAAAAGAGCUACCGAAAUCCUCCUCCCGGCAAUCCAUCUUGCCCUUGGCUCGUGAUAUGCCAUGGACGGGAAGGGCAGAGGCAAACUUUCUACGACAUUUCGGAGGACCGCUGCCAUACGAGGAUCAUUCCCGACCUGCGCAACAAGUGGAUCUGCGCUACUUCGAGUCGCGAAUGGUUGUUCGUGGAAGAUCAAGAUUCUGGCGAUUGCUGCCUUUGGAAGCCCGCUUCUCUGGAGAAAAUCCGACUCCCGCCUACGGAAGACCUCGUGUUCUCUUGUUGUUUCUUGUCGUCUUCGCCGAGCGAUCCUCAAUCACAUGUUCUGUUGGUUGAUCUAGGAGAGGACGUCGUCGCAUUUUGCAAACCCGGCGAGGAUGCAUUCAAGAGGCACAAGGUCGAACCUUACAUCAGUUGUGCCGCGAUGUUCAAAGGGCAAAUUUUCUUGCUGCUCAAGUAUUGUGAAUUGGCUGUUGUCGACGUAGAGAACUCGGAGCUGCGAAUCCGAGCAUUGGGGAACAAAGGCAUUAAUUGGUCAAAUCCCGGAGGCAUACCGGCAUCGCGCAGUUAUCUGAUCUCAUCCGGCGAAGACCUGGUAGUCGUGGAAGAGAUGAUCUACGCCCUUCCAAUGGGGCGGAUCUACGGAUUUAAGGUCUUCCGGAUGAAUUUUGCAGAAGGGACAUGGGAGGAGCUGAAAAGCAUCGGCGACCGAGCAAUCUUUCUUUCUGCUCGUGGAGGAAUUUCUUGCUCUCCAAAAGACUCGAGAGUUAAGAAAAAUGCCAUAUACUUUGUGCAGCUUGGCGAUGGACAUAUUGGCAUGUAUGACUUGGAAGAUCAGAGCAUUUCGAAGGUGUCGCCUUGCUCAAACAUCGAUUACCGUCCAUCAUAUUUACGUUGGAUUAUGUUGUGA